GAGUUUUAUGAUUUGGUGGAAGGACGUCGUUGAAAUAACACUUGUUGAAUACUGUGGGAAAAGCGCCAGUGAGUGUUAACAGUGAGCCUAAACGCGGCAAUUGGGGUGUUUUCGAACGGCUAAGGAUUGUUAGAGAAGUGCUGUUGCAUUAUUUCAAAUUUUCAAGUUCUGUUCAUAUGAUGUUUUAAAGAGAUGGGUGUUUAUCGAGUGGUUAAUUUGGAAUCACUAGGAUAAGGGCAACGAAAUCAGGCAUAACGAAAGCCAGUUAGUAGUCAGACUGCAGUGCAACGGAGUGAAAGUAUUCCGUGAAGCAAACAAAAUCUAAUGCUAUAAUUAUCGAGAUUCGAUGGAAACAUUUCAGGCGUGCAAAAGGGAUGGUCCUUGAUUACAAUUGGAAGUGAGACAGUUUCUAAAUGGACCAACAAAAAACGACUCAUAGUUUGGAUGCUCUGUCAUUAAAAUAACGAUUUGUUCAGUUUAAAAAGUUGGAAUAGUUUAGCGCACAGUGGGGAAUCCGGUCUGUGUGAAUCCUUGAGAGGGACCAGUCGCUGUGCAGUUAAAUUAGCUUCAGCAGCGUGCGGGUGUUGUUAGCAACCGAAAGUUUGUUCAUUCGAUAAACGGCAUUGCCCGAAUCACUGUGAUCCAAGCUAGGAAAGUGUGUAGAAAAGAACUAGUGAAGAUAAAAAACAACUUUUUUCCGGUGGUGGAUAAGUAUCUAGCUGGAAUUAGAUAUUCUUCGUCCUAGGACUUUCGUAAUCAACAUAAAUUAAUCACCAUGAAAGCCACCCUGUGGUUGUGUCCGCUGUUGACAAUGCUGGCUUGCGUUAGUCAACAGGUAUCAUCCGAACCGUUCACGGAUACGAGAAUCCUACAGCCGCAAGACAAUAGUUUAGUUGCUCCAGCAAAGCGGACGAAACCCUCACUGUCGAUAGUAAACCCGCUGGAUGUGCUGCGGCAGCGAAUCAUCCUCGAGAUGGCCCGGAGGCAGAUGCGGGAAAACACCAGACAGGUUGAACGUAACAAAGCUAUUCUACGCGAAAUUGGUAAGCGCAGCCACGGUGAUGCCCGGGAUGAAUACGAGCUUCGUUUCGACCGAGAUCAGCUCUAUUACCAGCAGUUGCCGUUCCUGCAGCGCUACGAUACCGUACCCGUGAGUCGACUUGAUAUCGCGGAAUACGAAAUGGAACCAAAGGAAAAUAGAAAACCAACUGUCGUGAAGAACAGCAGAAGCAAUGACAGCCCAAAGCAGAUUAACCAACGCGAGCAAAUAAGCAGUAAUGCAAAUGGUGAUAGCGGGGCCAUUACACUAGCUCAGGAGCAACGUCAACUUGAGAGGGAACAGCAAAAGCAGCAUGAGGGUGGCACUGUUUCACGCUCCACCGCAAACGCGGGUCCCCAGAAUUUAAGAUACUUGUUCGAACGGGAAAUAUUUCCCAGUGGAGUUUCCGACGGACAGCAUACUGACGAUGAGUACAUUGAAGCGAACAACUUGUUGAGGAAUGAUGACCAGCAGCAACAGGAUGAUAAGCUGAAAAGUGAUGACUAUCGACUUAGAUACCUGUACGGCAUUCAAGAUAAGCUGUUUGGCUAAAUUCCGAGAUCCCAAAAAGUCGAACGAACAACGCAAUCAUCCUACUACUGACCUUAAUCCAAAAACAACAACAUCAACUAAUCAAUAGUAACAGCAAAUGUAAAGCCCAAAUUUCUACGGAAUGCCACUAAGACGGAGAAUGAUGAGAGAAUUCUCUUUUUUCAAAAACAAAAAAAAACAAUAUUCACUUGACUGUUAAUGUUUAGAAACGAAGUAUGGCACUGCUCCAUAGAAGUGUUGAUUUUUUAAAGUAUUGUAUGAAGUAUGCUUUAAAAGAGGUAAUACAACAUAACAUAGUAAUUCAUUGAAUUUUACGCCUUUAUAUUGCUUUCUACCCCGUUGGACAUGUUUUUGUUUCGACCAUUCGUGUAUGCUUGUUCAUUUGUGCUCCUCUGACAAGCGAGUGUCAAAUGUAACACGUACAGUACACUGUACAGUCGCAAUGCUUGGGGUCGACAGAGUUCAAGGUAAGCGCCACAACGUUGGCUGAAGAUAGAACUAAGAAUAUUGGAGCCGUUGCUUCAUUGUUAAUGCAUGAUGUGAUAUCUAUCAAACUGCUUUGACGAGCAGUUUAUAUUAACAACGAUGACACCCAUACCUCUUUAUAGAAUAUUCCAGUUUAUACUGCUCCUUUUUUAUUCCGGUGAGUUUCGAAUGUUAUCCGACCGAAUCCUUCUGCAUCGCACAGAACGAUUAUUCCAAUUCGUGGGAUUUUUUUUCUAUCAUUGAUGGCUGUAGCCAAACAUGAGCCGCUCAUCUGCUUCAGUGACAACCGCAGCAUUCUAAGAAUAUCUCUUUCAAAAAGCAGAUUUGUCAAAUUCAAUUUCACGUAAGCAUUUUCAAUUUUGUUAUCUGAAAGGGGAAAUCUUUCAACAAAAUGUCAUUCAGAAUCAAUUAUGGCAUUUCGAUCAUGAUAUUGGUAAGCCAAAUAUGAUGAAUAUGAUGUUCAAAGGCAGUAUGCACUUACAUUAGCAGAAAUACUGACAAUGUUGCCGAAAACUAUCAUGUUAUAUUUUCCUCACCAUUUGACUUUAUUAUGUUUUAUGUUGAAGUUUAUCUACUAUGUAUUCAACCUAAUUAGGACUCUAAGAAUCUAUUCUUUCUUUCAGUGAAUUGGAAGAAUUCGUUACAAACUAAAUCUUACGACGAUAAUGGAAAAUCACUUUAGGCCAUUUGUUAGUUAUACUUCGUUAGUUCAAGCUCUUUGACUCAGAAUUUUCCCAUUUCAAUACAGUAUCAUUCAGUUUUCAUUGAGCAGCACAGGCUGUCGAUCCAUCUGUCGAUGCUAUGGACCAGGGUAACAUUCAUUGAGCGGAUUGAGCGCGAGACUGAAACGAAAUUACUGUGGAUGCACACUUCUACUCACGCUGUUGCUUGUGUUGGGUGUGUACAUUAAUUGUACCGGUUUUUGUUGUCAAAAUCAUAUGGUUUUUUCAAAGACAUGUUGCAUAGGAGUAUCAUGCAGAAAAUGCUCUAUCUACUACUUCCGCCCAUUCUUCUAAUAAUUUGUGAUUUUCCUGUCUGAAGAAGUCUACUUCUUUCGACUGAAACGCUGGUCUGCAUUGACCGGAACUGCCCUUCCAAGUAGGAUUAAACAACAGAAGCAACAUGAGGUCUAGCGUUGUCAUGUUGACAAAUUAGUUUAUUGUGUCUGUUCACCAAAAUGGUCUGGCUGGUUUUCUUCAAUAGCUUGUUUCAAUGGCAUUAGUUGUCGUCUACGGAUUCCGCCAGCAAUACGUUCACCUGUUUUCAGCAUCUCGGAAUACACCACACCCUUCUGAUCCGACUAGAUACACAACCUAAUAUUGCCAAAAGAAUAUCUCGCUUUGGCUACGAUGGACUUGGUUCCCUCUGCUUCACCCAUCCUUUAUUGCGUUUGGGAUUCUGUAAGCCAGUAUCUGCCGUUUUGAAUCAUUUCCGAUGCUUUUGAUCGUUUUGCAUACGAUUGGGCGAUCUUUGGAAAAAGAUCGAUCUUAACGAAUCGAUUUUCUAAACAGCGUAGGAAUCGAUUCACUGAUUAAAUCGGUACUAAAGAAUCGAUCUUUGCUGGAUCGAAUGUCUUUUUUCCAUUUUAUUUACUUUUGCUAUAUAAGUGAUGUCUUUUCUUUAGACAUGGAUUAAUUAAAUGAAUUGAAUGAAAAUUAUCACUUGAUUUCACCAUCCAAUUUCGUCUCAAUUUCCACUGUGAGUCUGGUGGAUAUGAUGGUGAAUAAAUAACUUGUUUUGUAAUGACCAAACUUACAAAACUACUUCUCCUAAGUUUACGAUCAUUAAUUUGACAAUCUUGGAUGGGAUCCAAUGUUUAUGACAUUUGUCAUGUGGUUUUUGUGAAAUUAAAACCAAUGUUCACUGAAAAACAAAUUAACGAUUUUUCUCGGUCAAAAAGAUCGAUUUUCGCGAUUUUUUAGAGUACAAAGAAUCGAUUAAAAAAACCGGAAAUCGGAAUGGAAAGGAUCGAUCUUCUAAGUAUCAAUCCAAGAUCACCCAAUCCUAGUUUAGCAACAGUUAACCCAUUCAUAUUCAAUGCAGAAACCAAUUCUGAUUGCGUUUGACAUGGUUCUUCAUCUAGGCAUGAUUCCAAUGUUUCAUCUUUUACAUUCUUUAGAGCUUCCGGACGUUCUGCGUCUUCAACAUCAUAAACUACUUUUUUGAAUUGUCUAAACCAGUGGUAGUCAACCUUUUUUCAAAAGGGCCACAAACAGGUGUUAGUUGAACCUCUGCGAAAAAAACUUUCACCUUCAGUUUUCACCGAAGAACGCAGCUCCCGCCACUGAAAAAUACCUCCUUCAUAUCUGGCUUGAAAUGCGCUACACUUGAACGCUACUUCUAACCCGAAAACAAUGCUCGAAAUCACGAAAAUCAAUCGAUCGGAUCGGAAAGAAGUCACCAAUAAGUUUUUCACGAUUUAUAUGUCAUCCUACUAGCGACUAGAUGGCAGUGGCAGCGAGACUUUCCAAAUGGCCUUUCUCAAGGACGAGUGUUUAGUUUCCCAAUUUUGUCCUUUUUUAAGACUAAAACGAAUGAACUGAGAAUGUUUGAGAAUUUGAAAAAUUCUCGAUAAUUCAACACCUACAUCAUUACACCAAUAAAUCCGAACACGCUCCAAAACUCACAAAAGCUCUGUUUCAGCAAAAAAAAUGGAUUCGCUUUUGAUUACUUAGGAUAUUAUUUUAGAAUGCAUCGCUUUCUUUUAAAUAACUCUUUAGUCGAAAGUUUUGUAGCGCUGAAAAGGGUCGAUGGGUUUGCGUGGUUUUAUUUAAAACAGUUGAAGAUGGGUGAUUCACAAUUCAUUCUUGUUCUCACGAGAACAAUACACGAGAUUUGUGUCUUUAUAGCCAAUGCACGUAGCACACUUGGUAUGCACUGAUAAAUUUUUUCUCGAUCAUACUAUCAAGUAGAGCAUGUUCGCUCUACGCUUUAUCAAGUGAAACAUGACUGUUAGUUGCACUGUUUCCGGCAAAUGCUGUUUCCAUUUUCAAUCCGAUAAUCAAUCCGAAAAUGAAUAAUGCAUUAUCCAUUUUCAAUCCGAUAAAAGAAAAAUAAAUACAAAAAAUAUACUCAUAUACAAAUCAAAACAAUGUCAAAUACUGUGUUUGACAGUCUACAAAAAUAUUUUCAUUUUUUUUUUUUUUUUUUUUGUCAUUAUUUUCAAUGAAAUAGCUACUAGUUAUGACAUACAGUGGUAAACGGGUAGAAUCAAUAUACACACCUAAUAGUUCAACUGUUCCGUCGGUAUCAUUGUAUAAUUUGAUACACCAUAGAUUACAAAGUUCCCUGAAAGCCCUGAAUAGAAGCGCUGUCUUGCUGAAAUACAACCGAUCUCUCUAAGUAGGCAACAAAAACAUAUUCCAAAAGUCCAUAAUAGUCACCGGCAGUCACUUUGGUGGAGCUUCAGCAGAACUAUGUUAACAUAUUACCACAACUAUCGAAGAUACAGCUCAACUUAACGCGAAAAAAAUGGUCAUAAAACUUCAAGCCAUACGCAAAACGCAUCAAAUUUAACUUAAAAAAAAUAGAAAAACAAAACCACUCACAUAAAUAAGAUUUUCCGUUUUUCCUUCUGCAUUUUCUCGCAAAUUUGAGCUCGGUGAAGAAAGGAACUAAAAAAUGAAAACUAUAACCGUGUUAUAUGUCAGAAAGCGCGUGAAAUUGCUCAUUGAAGAUAUUGCUAAUUUUUUGCACGAAUAUAAUCUGAUUCAAAGAGUUAUCGUGUAAAAUGACUGUAUCAGAACAGAAAUCCCUUUUAAAUACUAUCUGAAUUGCAAUAAACCUGAGACAAGACUAGACAAAAGAGUGGUCGCUUCCAGACCAGUUUUCGGACCUGCUGCUGUUUGGUCAAUUCUGAAGGGUUGCCAAUAAUAUUUGAAAAUACAUUUCUGCAUAACGUACUCAUAGUGCGUAUGCUCAAACUUCUCUCAAACUCUCAAAUUAGGCACUGUAGAUUAUUGCUACAGUGCGAAGGGAGUUCAACGACAGUCACAUAUGGUUUGUCUGAGCCUUUUCGGUAAACAUCAAAUUCUUCGUGUGCGAAGAAUACCCUUCAAUAAUGUGCACUCUUUCAUCGGUUGGAUAUAUUCCAAAAAAUGUCAUGUAACCACUUGAAUAACCUGCAAAUAUUGUUCUUUAAGAGGGGCCUCUUUUCACAACUGACCAGUUUUCCUCAAUUUUCCUUAGUUCCAGAGUAUUGGCCGGAUUCAUGUCCUUGGGAAUCAACCUCAUGCUGCUCCAGAAAAUUAGUAGUCUCUUCCGUAGGCAGUACUCCUGGGAAAAUUACUGGUUCACGGUUCCAGAUGUAAUGGAAGAUUGGAUUUUCAGAUUGCUUGCCAGACAGGGAACUUUUAUGAGUUUUUCGACUUCUUCUGGUCCAGUAAUAUAAUCUUGUCUAGGAUUAUGAUCGGAAACCGCCAGGCAGUACGUUUCGUAGUCCAUAAUCACGCAAUAAUAUUUUGUUAACACAUUUUUAUACGGUUCUCUCAAGUUCUUCUUUGCCUCCAAAUUUUGCUUUGCAUUCCGGUCCGCUCCGAUGGAACCAUGAUGUAAAAAAAUGAACUUCGGCACUGUACACAAAUUACGCAACGCCAAAAAUUCGGAUUUUGGACCCUUCCUCCCCCUUACGUAACGCAAUUCCUAUCUCACACAGACAGUAAGUAACGCGACCUCGACCAACCUCCCUCCUCCCCUACUCGCGCUACGUAAUUUAUGCACGACGCCUUAUCCUGACAACCAAUGCCUACUAUACGCUCGCAGCUCUUGUAAUUCUUUACACUAUUAGGUUAAUUGAAAAAAACAAACUCAAAUAUUCACCCAUAUUGUGGCAAUCGAUCGGAUUUGAAAUUCGGUCGAGAUCGCCUUUUGCAUUCUACAAAUGGUAACAUUAUUCAUUUAUUUAUUUAUUCAACAAUACUUGUCUAUGAGCCUUCGGCUCUUAAAGACUGGCUAGCUUAACUAACAAUAUUUUGGUAUUUUUCAAUUCAAAACGUUAAUCAAUAAAUAAGGUACAUAUACAUUUUAACAAAACCGUACAAUUGUGAUCGAAAUUGACAAAAACAAAAAUAAUACUCAAACAUUCGGAAACUGCUGCUGGUAACAUUACAUCGUCCUGAACCUUUGUCCAACUAUUUCUCAUUGAAUUUCUCAAAUUUUCGCUAAAUUUGAUCAUUAUAAUAUAAAAUCAUUAUCAGACACAAUUUCAGUCCAAUUUUUCUCUACCACGUGCAGGAAAUGUGCUACUCUAUUACAUAGAAUACAUAUUUGAUACUGAAAAGUUUAUUUUCAUAAUUUCUAUCCCAAAAGUGUGUUUAUUCCACCCGGAAGUUUCAUUACAAUUUACGAUACGACGCUCAAUAUCGCCAAUGUCGAAUUGCGCCAUAAAGUUGCCACAUUUACCGGUCGAACGGGUUCCAGAAGGCAAAAGUGCUUUCCAUUCGGGUAAUUCUGGCUAGAUCUGGUUCUAGAAUGAGUGUGAAUGUCCUCAUGGCAGCGUAUUUCAUGUGUAAGGACUUUUUCAUGUUCAACCUUUUCAGUGCAAUUGUACUGUCGGUAAAAUGUUUAUAAAGAUGCCAUCAACACGUUUGUUAGAUUCUCCUAUGUAAUUCUCAAAUAGAUCGAAACACUUUGUUUUUGGAAUCACAAAUGUUAUUCCCGUCCAACAAGUACCAUAAGUUAUGGUCCAUAAUAAUGGACUGAUAUAAUGCAGAUGAUUUCAAAGUUCUAUUUUAAUUUUUGUUUUGAAAAUUGAGAAUAACUUUUUUGUUAAAAAGCGGUAAUGCGGUUGUCGUGUUCUGAUGUUUACGUUGAUAUCAUCACAUAAGAAUACGGCCGUUGCUACUCAGUAUUCUAUCACUUCCCAAGUACUAUUCACCAACUUAUCACAGAAAUGAAACAACCAAUUUGCAGUACAAAUAAUAAGCUCACAACAAACUUUUUGCUCGUUCCGACUAUUCACUGCACAAAGAUCAGUGCCCCUCGUGCAAACAACAGAAGACGAAGGUACUGGUAAUGAUGUCGUAAAACGGCGCGAACUUUGUCAUUCCUCAGAAAGGGUUCGGCGUUUCGAGGGAAUCUCCAUUGUUGUUUCCUUUCUAACGGCUUGAUAUAUGCAAAUUGUUUCUAAUGGCACAUACUCUUGCGACAUGUUGGAAAAGUUCCACUUUGUAUUUAAGUUAGCCAGAUAAUUCUGGAUUAUAACUUUACGAAAUCCAACGAUAGAACGGAUCAAAAUGUAUAUAACAUUGCUUAUCAAUCGGUCUGCUGAUUUCUAUGAUUGCUUACAGAUAAAGGGUAUACCUCAUUCUUUACUCAUAUAUACGAGCAUUGUAACCAUGGAUGUCUUUCCUUUCUUCAUUCGCAGUCGAUAGAUGAAUCUUAUAAAUUUAAAAACUCAUUUAUCAUUGGUAGAAGAAAAACAUCUGUAUAUUUUAUCAAUAUAAGUACUAUGGAAACGAUGAACAAUAAAGACACAUAAAAUGAUAAGAAACAGAUACAGUCUACUAGCCGCGAAUGAAAUGUACUCAUAUAUAUGUGGAUAAACGCGCGCCCUCUGUCGGCUCUGAGUCAUAAGCAACUGUAUAUGAUGCCAAUAAUUCAGUGAAAUGAACACAGUGUAAGUGAAAUGAUAAGUUAAAUUGACAGGGACAAAUAACCACACAGCUGUUUGUUGUUGCUCAACGCUUCCUAAACUUCAUGUCCUUAUUGAUUGAAAGUGUAUAAUGGAGGAGAUUGGUGAAUGCUGGCCCAUUCAAUAUAGACUAAAACAACGUUCAAAUUAUUACAACAACAAAAAUAAAUCACUACAAAUACAUCUAAACAUCUAACACACAUGAAGGUUGGAAUGGUUUGGUAUUCCGAGAAACAAUGAAUAUUUGUAAUCAUGCAAUGUGACUUGAACAAUUACCAGCGUGGCCCUCUGUCGUGUAUAAAUGAUUCCCAAUGUUUGCGAGAAAAUUAGUUGAAAACUAUAAAAGAAAACAAACAGAACAUCGCAUAAAUCGAUGGUGAAUUACUAAAUAUAUCAUACCUUAUUAUACUUGUUGGAAACUUGUGACAGCUACAAUGUGCUAACUAAAUCGUACUAAUGAACAAAACUACAAAAAUCAGAAUUGAGAUGAAGAAUCCGAACUGUAUAUACAUUAAACGUAUUGAAGAAUAAUAAACUAUUUAAUUUUUAA